AUGGAAAAAGAGGAAGACUUCAGUGGUAAAAUAAAUACACUGGAGGCUAAACUUAUAACAAUGGAAGCAAAUUGUACAACAAUGGCAGCACGAGUAGAAGGAAUCGGAGGAGCAGUGGACGAACUUGGGAUUGAUAGACAUGAUGGAUGCAAGCAGUAUUCAUAUAGAACAAAUUGCACCCUGCCUAAUUUAGAAGAAUGCUUUACCAAUGAAACAAGUUCGUGCAUAAAUGGACAUGUUUUUGACAAGAGCAGUUACGAAAGUACAACGACGACUGAUUGGGAUCUUGUAUGUGAUCGAUUGUAUCUUACAACACUUGCAUCAGUUGUUUAUUUUGUUGGUGUUUUCUUUGCCGUAAUUCUUGGUGGAAAUCUAGGUGACAGGUUUGGACGAACGCGUGUGCUUAUAAUCGGACAAGUUUUUACUUUUAUAUUUGGCGUUGGUUGUGCGUUUUCACCUAACUUAGCAACAUUUGCUGCAACAAGAUUUUUUAUUGCAAUAUUUUGCAUAUCGUCCGGUCCACCUUCAUUUGUUUAUGCUAUUGAAAUCGUUGGUGAUAAAUGGAGAACUUUCAUUGGAAUCAGUAUUCAGAUAGUGUUUGCAAUUGGAAUCACCAAGUAUAUUUUAAAUGAUUAUGGUUUUAGAUGGCUACUAUCAAGAGGUCAAGUGAAGAAAGCCAAAAAAAUUUCUAAUAAACUUGCUGAAAAGAACGGUCGAAAACUAUUACCUGAUAUUUGGGAAAAAGCUCUUAUUAAUAAUGAGGAUGAAGUUGACAACAUGUAUCCGUACCCGUUCAUUUUAUUGAAAAGGCCGUACAUGAGACGCGUAACUAUUAACAUUGUAUUCUGUUGGUUUGUUGUUUCGUUAGUCUAUUAUGGAUUAUCUCUCAACGUUGGAAGCUUGGCGGGUGACGACAGGGUUAACAAUUUACUUGGAGGAGUUUGUGAGAUUGCAUCUUGUGUUAUUGUAAUAUUAACAAUGGAUAGAUUUGGAAGAAGACCGAUUGUAUCCAUUGGUUUCUUACUUGGAGGAAUAUCCUGUAUUUUGUCAGCCGUUUGCAAUCACUUCUCAUCAGACAUAAAAGAGCUUGGAUACGUUGGCUUGGCACUCGCUCUACUAGGAAAACUGGCCGUGUCUGGUGUGUUUGCAGUUAUAUAUAACUUCACAGCAGAACUAUUUCCUACGGUUGUAAGAGCAACAGGAAUGGGGUGCGGUUCAAUGGCUGCAAGAAUUGGUUCGUUGAUGUCACCUGUUAUUAUAAUGAUACAAUACCACGUCCCUUGGUUUACAGGGGCCGUGUUUGGUAUCUUCUCGUUCAUAGCGGGACUGACAUGCUUACUUUUACCUGAAACCAACAACGUGCCUCUCACUACGACACUAGAUGAAGCAGAAAAUUUUUAUUUAAAUGCAAAAAAAAAGAUUGAAAGAGAAUCAUCAACUGGGGAAGAUCUUAUUGCCCACAAAAGUUAA